GGUGUUUAUACAAGUUCUACACUAAAGGGGCAUUAUUAUUUCAACAGUGUUUUGUUGUUAUUUUUAUACAGUUUUUUUACCAGGUGAGUACAUCAAGAACAGAUCCUUAUUUAUGGCAGCAACCUGGGUUUUUCACCGGGAUUUACAACCAGCGACCUUUUGUUUACUGGCCCAAUGUUCUUAUUGUGUGAACAUAUGCACACCUUUUUACGGAAAAUGGGUUUUUGCCUGGUGUGGGGGGAAGAAGCAGUUGGUAAGCAGAUGUAAUUGAUAUACAGUUAUAGUAGACUGAAUCAUGUGUGUUAUUCCCCACAAAUAAUUACAUUUGACAGUAAUUAAGAGAUGGAUAUAGUGAGGUUAUACAAAGUAUACAAUAAAUGACUGCUUCAUUUUGUAAUGGCUGAGCGACCUCAUAGAUUUAUGAGAUUUAUUUCCUGUAGUCCAUAUACGGAAAUCUGGAUUUGCGGUUUCAUGUGUAAUAAUACGGAAGAUUAGUCUGGUUUUCCAUUUUGCAUUUCAGCAGGUUGGCUUAGAGUAAAUGAUCUAUCCCUUGGCUGGACAGUGAGUGCAUCUCUCUGCCUGAGGAGCAUUUGGAUUGGAAGAUAUAUUAUCUGGACGAGUCAGUACUAAAUAAAGAGGAGGAUUAAGAUGUGAGGGUUUUGCUCUCCAUGUCUUUGUACAGAAGAAAUGUUCAGUGGAUAAAAAUGAAGGAAUGCAUAAUGCAGUAGCACACAAAAUAACCCUAAGUCCAGUAGGUAAAAUGCAGUAGGACAAGAACGAUUCGCAUACAGAUUGCUCCCACCACCUAGUGGUAGAGUCAGAUGCUUACAUCAUAACUGAAAGUAUCUGGCAGUUCCAUACAUGCGCAGUAGCUUCUGGAUAUUCAGCUAGAGGGAAACAAUCUGUAAGGCAAAGAAAAGCCUGGCAGCUCAGCCUGUAUGAUUUGACUGAUUAGACACAUUUAUUAGAACUGAUAAACAAACGGCUAUCUCAAACUGUCUUUUCAUUCAACAUUUUAAAAAGAAAUAUUCAUGUUUCUCCCUGUGGAGAAUGUGGUACAAUAUGCAUCAGUAAUGCAAUCAAUAAUCUUCUGGCAUAGUCCUUCUCCAGUCACAUCAGUUGAUUACUCUGCCCGGACCCUUAUGCUCUUCAACACUGAGUGGCGCUGAUCAUUCUUUCCGUGGCUGUCCUUUGGCUCUGGCCCCAUAUCUGGUUGUGUAGAAGAACACUCCAGAAUCUUCUAUAAGGUGUCUCAAACAUGUGCAUGGAAGAGUAGCUAUAGCUGCAAAUGACGCAGGGCUCACUGACGAAGCUGUGAAGAUCCUUCAAUGUUGGCGAUAACAUAGUAGUACUUUGCUUGCAUCACACAGGGCUGAAGAGUCAUUAUAUGCCUCAGUGCUCAUCCGCCAGAUGACUUAUGGCCUGGUACACAUUCAUGGUGUGACUGGUGCUCAUCUGAAGUUUGAGUAGGCAUUAAUGACAGAGCUGUGGUAAGGGGUGUAGAGGCUUCUCUGCUCUGGUCAUUAUCUCAAGAGUGGAAUUUGCACUGCUGAGCUGCUGAAAGGUGUCACUAUUAUCACCAUUCACUUUUUGUAGCAGUAUAUUCAGAUUUAAGGCAAAUGUGAGGUGAUGCGACAAAAUGUUGAAUCAUCAUGUUUAAUAACAUCAUUAUGUGUUGAGUCUGUGAAGUAGGUCAGCGUAUAGACUACAUCUUUUCAAAGAGAAAAAACUAAUAUGUAGUUCAGGCAACUGAACUGUAGCUGCUUGGUUAUAAAUGAUUCUCUAGAGCCGUUUCAUCGAAGUCUAAACAGACCCUUGGAGUAGUAAAUCAGGCAGAACUGGGCAGUGCGCACAGCAACCCCGCACACUUACAUAAGGACAUCCAUGGUAUCCAAGCUCGUAACUAUGAACCUCCUCUUAAACAACAUGGCGCGUGUGCUCAGCUGCGCUGCAAAUACAGACGAUUCAUCUAGUUAGGUGGGAAAGAAGUAAUUUAUGCGGACCGCUGACCUAGAACCUAAACUUGGUGUCAUUACUUAUCGGAUACAGAAGCUUUGACAACAGCAUCACUCUCUGCGCGCUUUGACAACUUAGCGUGAGCUCACCUGCUUAAUACGAAGACGAGAGAGCCUUUAAGGUCCUGAACCGUUCAUUCUUUAUGCGUUUAUGCGUUGGCAACUAUUUCGGAUGAAUUCAUGUUUUAUUACGGCGUAUCGUGUAUGCGGGCAUUGUGAGUAUUUUUUUGUUGAGAAAAAAUAAAAACACUAUGUAACGGCGACCUCAACCAGACUUUUCAACGGAUGAAGAAAUGCUUCUCAACAUUAUGAGAGAAAACAACACACUACAUCAAGGGGAAAGAGAGAGAGAUAGACUCCCUCCAAUUUCUAGUAAUUCCACCUCUGGUCUUGAUCGUGGGCCAAAGCUGCCAUAUCCAUCCCACAGUUUCAUCUCAAACCACAAAAAGGAGUCUGGUAGCCAGAGCCUCUCUUCCCAGUUUAUCCUUCCUGGCAUACGGCAUGGCAGAGAUCUUCCCCCCAUCGUUCCUGAUGUCAGACCGAAGCACCAGCACCGCAUCACCAUUGACCUUCUGCCCCCUGAGGUCAAGGGUCGCUUGGCCUACGAACCUGUUGCCCCCCUCCGCACCAAAACCACCAGAGAGUUUCAGGAGGACAUUGAGAGAGCAACAGUGUCAGGAGAUUGGAAACAUGUCCAUGAUUUCUACUUGACUACGUUUGGCUCUUUUUUGGAAGUGAAUGCUGCCUUUAAGAAAGAAGCAAGUGCUCCGUUUGACACAACUGAAGACUCAGGAAUUAAUACCAAAUUUCUCAAUGCUGUCUAUGACGCAAUAUUACUCACGCCUCCUGAUACCCAGAAAGCAGUGCUUAAGGGGAUUAUUAACAGCUUGUUAAGAGAAUGGAAGGGUCGACGGACGAAGGAUGACCUAAGAGCGUAUUUCAUUCUAGUUCAAAACCCCCAGUGCACCAGCCCAGCCACAUAUGUCAUCUACGCACACUUACUAAGGCAAAUGGCCACCCUUGCUGAAGCAGACCACUAUUUCCUGAUGCACUGGUUUAAGAAGCUGUCCCAGAAGCGGUUCAAACUGCUGGUAGAGCGGCUGCACCUCUUCAUCUCCACCCGUCUGUUUCCAGCCAAGCCUGAAGAGCUGCCCCCAAUGGCCAAGUGCUCUUGGUGGAUCCCCUCUGCCACCAAGGUCCUCUCUCUCCUCAAUGCAGCCAAUAGCAUUUCUAGCACCCCAAUCACACCCUUCGUUGACUUCUACAACCUCACACUGGAGCACACAGACUUCAUGGUGGACUAUCACACAUGGCAGUCUCAGGGAAACUCCACAAGGUUUACAUUCUGCCAGUUCCCUUUCAUUCUGUCCCCUGUGGUAAAGAAGGCCAUCAUUCAGAAGGACUCGGAGCAGCAGAUGAUCAGCAUGGCCAGGCAAAGCCUGGUGGACAAAGUGUCUCGCAGGCAACGAGUGGACAUGAGCCUGCUCUUUCUCAACAUCAAAGUCCGGCGGUUGCAGCUGGUCAGUGACUCACUGGAUGAGCUGACUAGAAACCGAGCGGACUUGAAGAAGAAGCUGAAAGUGACGUUUGUAGGGGAAGCUGGUUUAGACAUGGGUGGUUUGACCAAGGAGUGGUUUCUCCUUCUCAUCCGACAGAUCUUUCACACAGACUACGGCAUGUUUACAUUCUUCAAGGAUUCCCACUGUCACUGGUUCAGCAGCUGGAAGUGUGACAACUACUCUGAGUUCCGCCUGGUUGGAGCCCUCAUGGGACUGGCGGUGUACAACAGCAUCACCCUGGACAUCCGCUUCCCCCCCUGUGUCUACAAGAAACUCCUGACCCCGCCUCUGUUGCCGUGUGACCCCGAUGCCCCUGUUGGCGUGGCGACCCUCUCUCUGGACGACCUGCAACAGGUCACGCCUGAUCUUGCUCAUGGGCUGGCAGAACUUCUCAGCUAUGAAGGCAAUGUAGAGGAGGACUUCUGCACUACUUUUCAGGUGUCACAGGAAGAACUGGGUGUGAUCAAGUCCUACAAUCUGAAACCAGGAGGGGAUAAGAUUCCUGUCACCAACCAGAACAGGAAGGAGUAUGUCCAGCUGUACGUUGACUUCCUCCUAAACAAGUCCAUAUACAGACAGUUUGCGGCCUUCUACUAUGGUUUCCACAGCGUGUGCACCUCUGACGCUUUGAUGCUGCUUAGGCCCGAAGAGGUGGAGAUCCUCGUGUGUGGAAGUCCAAACUUAGACAUGAGCACUCUGCAAAAGGCCGCCCAGUACGAGGGAUACAGCAAGACAGACCCCACCAUCAGGGCAUUCUGGGACGUGGUGCUGGCCUUCCCCCUCGUGCUCCAAAAGAAACUGCUCCAUUUCACAACAGGAAGUGACCGUGUCCCAGUGGGAGGAAUGGCCGACCUCAACUUCAAGAUCUCCAAGAUUGACGCCUCCACUGACUGGUUGCCUUUAUCUCAUACAUGUUUCAACCAGAUCUGCCUGCCACCAUACAAAAACAAAAAAGAACUGAAGCAGAAGUUAACCAUUGCCAUUUCAAACGCAGAAGGGUUUGGACUGGAGUAAACUCUAAACCGCAAAUAACUAUGUUGAGACCGCCAUUUAUCAGUCGGGUGUGUUCAUGCUUAUACAUGCUAUUGGUAUACCAGUAAUUCCUCAGCUUCUUGACUAGCACUCAGCCUAACCAAUCAUCUAUUAAAAACACAAGUGAAUCACAUCACAAGAUCAGCCUUAAGUGCACAAUUUUGUACUCUAAAUACCAUUGCCUUUUUUCAAGUUGAAAUAUAAAGUUAUCUUGCUCAGUAACAACUGAGUCAUUAACGUAAGAGUUAAAGUAGGUCAGAGCAGACAUAGAUUGGGCUGUGAUAAAAUGGCUGGACAAACAGUCUGUCUGUCUGUGCUGUUGAAUAAGUUCUUAAAGUGGAAGUGCCCUCCUGAACGGAGUACCUGUACACUGUAGAAACAAUUUGAAUAAUGCUUCAACUUACACUUUCUCUUUGGAGCUUACUGAAACUCAAACUCUUAUUGCAACUUGCUGCCUUACAACAUGUAUGUUGAAUCAAGGUCUUUAUUUGUUUUUCAGGACAUUGUCUGUCUUUGACAAAGGCUUUUUCAGGCCUAAAAUUGAACUAAUUAGAAAGUCUGAUGUUAAAUUAAUUAUGAACACAGAGGUUAUCUUGUUCGUACUUAUACUAAUAUAUUUUGUCUUCAAAAGUCUCAGAGAUUGUGAAACAUUUCGCCAUGUUGUUUGUUAGCAGUGUUUGGACGACCCCAUUAAGCUUUAGUACUUUUAUCAUGCAGUAGUACUGGUAUAUGACUGUCAUUGAUGUGGGAAACUAAUAUAUCUCUUUUGCUUGCUUUGUUGGUGAGGCCUCUCAGUAAAGAAGAUGUAUCUUGAUAGUCUUUGUACAGCUGACAUAGUAUGGAGAGGUUUGAAAGGUAUGAGAAAAAUACCAAUGAGAUUGUGAUUGAUAACAAGGCCAAUAUGAGUUCUGUGGAACUCACCCAUGUACAGGUUGGAAUUAUGAAACGGGUGCAUGCCAUUUGCAGUAUUUUGAAUUGUCUUUUGUCAUUUAUUGUGGUUGUAAAUUGAUAUUUGUUCUAAAGUGACACAUCUAGUGUUGUAAUGUAUAUUUAGCUAACUCUCAGGAUGUCCACAUUUCAUGUACUGUAUGAUUGUUCAAACAUUACCUUAAUAAUAAAAUAUUUGUUAAACGGGGUAGUCUACUGCAUAAAUUACGAUAAAACCAUGCAAUAAAAUGUUUCUUUGUUUUUGUCACUGUGUAGAAUCCUGC